GUCGUGUAACCCAUGUUCAUAAGGAUGUGAAGCACGCAAAUAAUCACCACGAUUUUAUGUUGGAGUAUAAACUGUUAAAAGUUUCUGGAAAAACAUAACAUGAGGAACUUAUUUUGGAUGGUUAUCAUUGUAUUGCAAGACGAAUAUCUCACUGCAAAUCUGACCCAAAAUGAGGUUGACGAAAUGGCUUCAGGACUCAAAGUUCGAAUAGGUGGUAUCGACAACCUACGCUACGAUGGGAAGAAACAUAUCAUGAAACUCACCCUGGAAAACAAGGGUUCUUCUGAUAUACCGCCUUCUGGAUGGAAGUUGUUUUUUCACAGUAUGACUCUAGGCUUUCCAGACAAGUUUGAUCUACUUGAAGAGGAUUUCAAAAGGUUGCACGCAGAAAACGUGGUGGUCGGCAUAGUUAAUGGAGACCUGUACUACCUUAAACCCUUUAAUGACUUUGUUGCCAUUAAGCCUGGUGAAGGGAGGACGUAUCAGCUGAUAUUUAAGUACUGGUCGGCGGCACGUACUGACUAUAUGCCACUAUGGUAUGUAGCAUCGGAAGAUCUUACAGUCGAACCGAGAAUAGUCAAAUCCACAGCAUCCAUGGAUCUAGAUUUUGUGGACCCUUUCGAUGACAUCAACGAAUGGAAAAGAUGGCGGAAGGACCGUUUUAAUCCAUUUACACCCGAGGAGCGGAUGAACAGACUGCAGUUUAAGGAUUAUGGAAAGAUGAGUCAUAUUAUUCCAACACCGAAAACGGUUAUACUUGGACAGAGUGGACGAACUCUUUCUUUCGACAAGACCUGGACAUUAUUCACAGAAGCGUCAACCUUCCAAACGUCGGAAUUGUAUAUACAAGAGUUGUUUCAUCUAACGUCAACAAGCAAGCCUUCCCCAAAGAACCUUAUCAUACACUACAACGCAAGUCUUGGUCCUGAGAGUUACACUCUGGCAAUAGAUGCCUUCGAGGACCAGAUUACCAUGGCAGCCAGCACCAAUACAGGACUUUUCUAUGCUACACAGUCGCUUUUUGCCAUACUUGACGGACAUAACUAUACAAAUAUCCCAUCCAUAUCAAUUUCGGACGCACCUAGAUUUGAAUGGAGGGGACUACUUUUUGACGUUGCGCGAAAUUUUCGUCCCGUAGAAGAUAUUAAGCGCCUAAUAAAGGUGAUGUCGAUGUACAAGCUGAAUGCGCUUCAGUUGCAUUUAAGCGACGAUGAGGGAUGGAGAUUGGAAAUUCCGGGAAUACCCGAGCUGACGGAUGUAGGAGGUAGAAGAUGUCAUCAUGAUUUCGGAAGCCACACAUGCAUUGAGCCUCAAUUUGGUUCCGGACCAUUCGCAAAUUCUUCCGGUAGCGGUUUCUAUACCACCAAGGAUUACAGGGAGAUUCUUCGGUAUGCAGAGAAACACCACGUGAAGAUUAUCCCAGAGUUUGAUGUACCUGGACAUAGCCAUGCAGCGAUUGUUGCUAUGGAAAAAAGGCGCGAAAAUAUUCUAAAUGAAGGUAGAACUCUCUUAGAGGCAGACAAGUACAGAUUGAUUGAUCCUGGUGACAAUUCGUCAUAUAGAUCUAUACAAAACUGGGCUUUCAACACAGUCAACCCUUGUAUGUCUUCGGUGUACACUUUUAUUUCGGAUUUGCUCGACAGUUUGAUAGAACUUCACAAAGGUGUUCAACAACUGGAAAUAUUCCAUCCGGGAGGUGAUGAAGUUCCUAAACGAGCGUGGGAUAAAUCUCCUAUUUGUAACCAAUUAUUGAGUAUAUUGCCGGAGUAUGAUACGAUACAUGGUUUAAUGAAUUACUUUACUAUGAAAGUCGCCGGUAUUGUUGCAUCAAAAGGAUUAGCUUUAGGCGGCAGAGAGGACAGCUUUUUGAAGGGGAAUUCCAUGUCUGAACUUCUUCCAGUCAGUACCAUUUCCAAUGUUGAUGCCUUUAUUUUUCCUUGGAAUAAUGUCUGGGAAUGGGGAGGGAAGAAUUACCCCUAUAUCUACGCGAAUGCAGGGUACAAGGUUAUUCUCUCCCAAGCAACGGACCUAUAUCUAGAUCAGCCACAGGAGCCAGACCCCGAGGAGCGAGGCCUUUAUUGGGCAACCAGGUUUACUGACACCAAGAAAAUGUUCAAAUUCAAACCCGACACUUUGUAUGAUAAUAUAUUUGAGGACCUAAGUGGAAACCGUUUAACAGAGGCUGGCGUUUGUAAAGAUGUUACUAUUUGCCCACCCUUGAAGAAACCGCACAAUGUUAUAGGUAUCCAGGGGUCCUUGUGGUCAGAGACUCUGAGAAGGCGUGAGGAUAUGGAGUAUAUGACGUAUCCAAGGUUACUUGCUAUUGCCGAGCGUGCCUGGCAUAAGGCUGAUUUCGAAAAUCACCCAAACGACCAACAAGCGUUUGAGAAAGAAUGGAGCUUUUUCGCUAAGGCGGUUGGGACCAGAGAGUUCAAGCGCUUGGAUGACAUAGGAAUUCAAUUUCGUAUUCCUCCUCCGGGUGCUAAGAGGUUGGACAAUGGGCACCUUCAAGUAUCUACGACCUAUCCCGGUUUUGGAAUUGAGAUAAGUAUCAAUAAAGGACUAAGCUGGGCUGCAGUUGGCGAAGAUGUCAUAAACAACGCAAAUAAGGGUGUUUUGCUUCCAGAAGGCGCCACUAAUUGGACUACAUUGCUAUUGCGGUCCACUUUUAGAAAUGCCAACAGGAUUCGAUACAGCCGAUCUGUAAUUCUUCGCAAAGAGAAUACUCGGUUUUCCAGUCAGCAGAUAGUCGACUACAUAGCUGAAAAUCUCCAAGUUAAAAUUGCAGUUGUGGACAAUCUUGAAAAAGAUGCCGAUGAGUUUGUUCUCAUGGAAUUGGUUUUGGCGAAUACAGGCAGUCAGGAUAUAGAAGCUGGAAAUUGGAGGAUUUACUUUUACAGUGUAUACGGCGUGAAAAUCGGAGAACGAUUAAAAUGCGGUCUGACUGUAGGUCACGUGGAUGGUGGAUUGUUCUAUUUCGAACCUACCAGCGGCUCUUUUCAAGCAAUUCCAGCGAACAAUAGACAAACGCUUACAUGUCACUAUAAGCAAAAGUACUGGAUGGUUAGUAGGACCGACAACAUGCCGAACUGGUACGUGUCCGCAGAGGGGAUGAAGGCCAAAGUAUUAAAAAGUACUGUCGGUGAAAGCUUGAGUUACGUUGGGAAGUUUGACACAUCUAUGAAAUGGAAGCGGUCAAAGCAGGAUAGAUAUAAUCCAUAUACUCCACUAGAACGGUUCACACUAUUGCAAAGAGGUUCAUCAUCGAAUAACCCGAACAAACUUAUACCAACUCCAAAGAAAGUAUUAUCAGGGAACAUAUCAAUGGCAUUUGAUGAUAUCGAAUGGAAGAUAGUUAGAAAUCGCUUGUUUUCGAAGGAAGUCAAAUUUAUUGCAGAAUCGUUGCAUAUUAACCGUGUUGCUAAUCCUAAAAGUUUUCGAAAGACAAUAAGGUUUGAAAAAACGCAUGGCAAUAUUGGUGGAAGAGAGGCUUAUCAGUUAUUGGUCGACGUACAUACGGAAUCAAUCGUGAUAACUGCACAAGACAAUCCCGGUGCAUUUUAUGGAGUAGUCUCUUUGGUGUCGCUUAUAGAAGCAAAUGGAGGAAGGAUUUUAAAUAUGUAUAUAGAAGAUCGACCAAGGUUUAGUCAUCGUGCGGUAAUGAUCGACGUUGCACGUAACUUCAAACCAAAGGAAUGGAUUAUGAAAUUGAUGGAUGUAAUGUCAUGGUACAAACUGAACAAGUUACAGCUUCACCUUUCUGAUGAUGAGGGUUGGCGGAUUAAAAUUCGAGAUCGAUUUUUACCAGACAUGGUUACGAAACGAUGUCACACGGAAUACGAAGAUGAAUGCCUUAUUCCACAACUAGGGUCAGGACCAGAUACAGAUACAUCCGGAUCUGGCUUUUACACAGAACGCGACUAUAGAGAUAUACUGAACUACGCAUCGAAAAGGCACAUAGAAGUUAUACCUGAGAUUGACAUACCUUGUCAUUCGGCAGCAGCUGUAAGAGCAAUGUCUUGGAAAUCCAAAUUGAACGAACAAAGAAAUGAGCAUGGUCGUGGUACCUCGAGAGAUUUUAGUCUCACUGAUGGUGUUUAUAAUGCGAGUAUCUACAGUGUACAGAUGUGGAAGAACAACUGUAUGAAUCCGUGUCUGAACUCUACAUAUCGAUUUAUCAAGCAUACCAUCAGGUCAUUUGUUGAAGUCCACAAUGCUAGCAAACAACCCCUGAACAUUUUUCACAUUGGUGGAGAUAAAGUACCGGAAGAGGUGUUUAAAGAUUCACCAGCUUGUGCACAGUCAGAGGACACGAAAUAUCUUAGCACUGCAGAACUCCAUAAACUUUUUAUAGAGCGAGUAGCAAAGAUCCUCGCAAAAUACAGAGUAAAGCUCGCGGUAUCAGAAGACGGCGCUUAUGCGAACGGCAAGCCAAAUCCCUUAACAACCAUUAAACAAGAGGUGUAUGUACACUCAAGAAAGAAUAUGUGGAACACGGACGGAGCGAAGAAACCAUCCGAGUUUGCUGACGCGGGAUAUAAGGUGAUUUUAGAGUUGGUGACACACCUUUACUGGGACUUUCCUCAAGAGCCAGAUCCGGAGGAUCGAGGGUUAUACUGGGGAACGAGAUUUACCGACACAAGAAAGGUCUUUAAUCUAAUGCCGGAUGAUAUUUACGCAAAUGCUGAUGUUGAUCCGAUGGGAGUGCCUGUUAAUUUGACCGCAAUAUGCCACAACAGGCCCUGCCCACAGCCACAAAAAACGGAAAAUAUUGUUGGUCUCCAGGCCAAGUUAUGGGCAGAAACAAUGAGGACAGAGGAACAUUUACAUAAUAUGGCAUUCCCGCGCAUGCUCGCACUUGCCGAGCGCGCCUGGCAUCACGCUGAUUGGGAGCAAAAUAAAGAUGACAAAAGCCGACGUGAUGAACAGCAGCACGAUUGGGAAGCAUUUGCAGAUGCUUUAGGCUACAGAGAACUGCCACGUCUAGAGAAAGUAGGAGUGUUCUAUCUUGUAGAACCACCGGGUAUUAGGGUUGUUAAUAAUAUUCUGGAAGUCAACACACGAUUCCCAAAUCAUGUUGUGGAAAUGUCUUUGGAUGGCGGGCAAUCUUGGAGGGCGUUUCAAAAAAGAACAAGAAGUGACUCAGCUGGGAACUUCAUGUUCAGAACAAGAUCCCCAGUCCUUGGAAGAACCAGCCGAGUUGUCACUUUGAAUGGGACGUCUCCAGGACAUGGACGAAGGACCGGAGUUGAUGGUACGACUCGCACGUCAAAAACCACUGAACAAAUCAGUGCAGCUGAAAGUACGACUUACAGGUCCAUUACCACAGGAGGGGGCAGUGAAGUGGGCAACUUGACUGUUCAUCGUCUUCCUUCAUUCUUAACUCGAUAUGCGGACCGGUGGAGGUCUUUGGGGUGGACGGUGGUACACUGUGGAGGUGGUGUAUGCUCUGUUCUGCUGUGAAAAAAUAAAAUGCCCUUUAACGUUUACAGAAACAACAAUAAAUCAUUACAGACCUUUGGAAAGAUGCUUUUUCUAUAUAGUUUAAAAUUCGAUCACGUUGCGAAUUCACACCUUUGUUAAAUGAUAUAAAACAAAUGCCAUGUAAUCGGGCAGGAUUUAUAUCAUCAUAUCAUUGCGAUGAACAUUUUUUACGUUUUUGAGAUCUAUAUAUAUUGUGGAUAGUAACGUCUGCGAUGCCAAUGGCAGCUAAGAGUAAUUUUAAAUCUUACUCGUAAACUGUUUUUCUUUACUUUUAAUUGAAACUGCUUGAAUACACACUUAUCAACUUAAAUGACGGUGUGGCAAAGAAAAUUAGUUCAAAGAUAAUACUCCAUAAGUCGCUUCUCUUAAUUAAUGUCUUACAAAAUUACACUUUGUUAAAUAUAAAUCCUUAACUUUUUCAAUAUAAUGAUUUGUGUCUUGAAUGAAAAUAGAUUCUUACAUAUGCUCGUGCUAUAACCAAACUGCCGACAUUUCAUCCUAAGAAUCUAUUUUUUUAUUAUGUUAUUUUAAAAUACUUUCCGAACUUUUAUAGUAUGUUAGGCUUGUUUAUAUAUAUCAUAUAAGGAAGCUUUACGAUUAUUUUUCUCAAAUUUAAAUGAUAAUUUAAUUCAAACAAGUCUAUAUGUUUUCAUGUGGAACAUUUCAUUAGCUUAAAAUAUAUUGUUUUUAAACAUCAGAUUAUGAUAGUACCUCACAGAGCUAUUUUUCUCAGUAAUUCGCUUUAAACAAAAAGAAAUAUAUUUUAGCCUUUCUCAAUGUAUAUGGCGUUAUCACUUUUAAGAAUAAAUUCAAGGUUCAUUUCUUUGCUUGCCAUGCCUCUUAAUUUUGUGAUAACCGUUGAAUGAGACAUCAUCACAUGAAAAAAUAAACGUUAUUAAAAGUA